AAUCCAUCCAACCUUAUCUAUUUCUUUCUAUGUCUCUCUUUCUCUCUCAACAAAUACUCCACCACCGUAUCUUUCUCUAUCUCUCUAAAAGUGAACAGUCAAUUUUUUUUUUGGUUUAGAUAUGCCUCUAUUAUUGCUCAUGUCAAUCGUUCCAUCCUCAGGCCACCCCUCCCCUGUUCGUCGUUAGCCGUCUCCUCCCCUGUGAAGCCGCCGGCCAGAUAUCACCGCAACCCACAACAACAUCGGAGAGCCUCGACCUGACAGCUAAGUAUGGAUCAUUUGGAUAUUACACACACUAAAAAGAAUACUACUGUUGAACAACGUCACGCUAUAUAUGAAGCCUUAUUGCAAGCAAGUUUUUCUGGAGAGUUACAAAGGGGUGCCAUAAGUGAUGUAGCUUCAUAAUUCUCGGUAUCGAAUCGGACUGUUAGUCGCAUUUGGCAUCAGACUAAAUUUCAAAUUAAUCAUGGACUACCGGUUGUUUUAUCUUCUAAUAUGGCGAAGGUUGUUGGACGAAAAAGGGUACAAGUUGAUUUUAAUCAAGUUUUAGAUAUUCCAUUACGUCGUCGAUCUAAUAUACGGUCUCUUGCAAAUUUGUUAAAUGUUUCUAAAUCUACUAUGCAUAGAAGAAUCAAGGAAGGUGCACUUCGACCACACACAAAUGCCAUCAAACUAACUCUUACUCAUGAGAAUAAGAGGGCAAUAUUAGAAUUUUGUUUAUCUAAAAUUAGCCAGUCAUUAUCAAGUAAUAUUCCCACAUUUCAUGAUAUGUUUAAUGUUAUCCACAUUGAUGAAAAAUGGUUUUACAUGUCAAAACCAUCAAGACGUUACUACCUUGUUCCCGACGAGGAUGAACCAUUAAGAACGUGUCAAAGCAAAAAAUUUAUCACAAAGGUUAUGUUUCUAGCGGCUGUGGCGAGGCCAAGAUUUGAUGCAUCCGGUAAUGAAGUUUUUUCGGGAAAAAUUGGUAUCUACCCGUUUACAAGAUUAGAACCCGCUAAACGUUCAAGUAAAAACCGUGUAGAGGGAACGUUGGAGACAAAGCCUAUUUUAUCCAUGACUAAAGAAGUAACAAGGUCAUGGUUGAUAGAAAAAGUUUUGCCGGAUAUUAGAGCUAAAUGGCCUCGAAGUCAUGUCGGUCCCAUAUUUAUCCAACAAGACAAUACCAAUCCCCAUAUUGAUGUCAAUGAUAACGAGUUUCUUGAAGCGGCAUCUCAAGAUGGGUUUGAUAUCCGACUUAAUUUUCAGCCCUCUAAUAGUCCGGAUUUAAAUGUUUUAGACCUUGGAUUCUUUCGAGCAAUCCAAUCACUUCAAGAACAAGAGGCUUUAGGUACAAUUGAUGAAUUGGUUCAUGCGGUUUAAACGGCUUUUGAAAAAAUGCAAUCUCAACAACUUAACAAUGUAUUUUUAACUCUACAAACGUGUAUGAGGGAAAUCAUAAAGGUUCAAGGUGGCAACAACUAUCAAAUACCACAUAUUGGUAAAAAUAGGUUGGAACGAGAAGGAAACUUACCAUUUCGAAUUGGAUGUGAUGAAAAUUUGAUAAAUGAGACUUUAUUGCAUUUGGCUGCCUAGUUAUUUUUGAAACAAGUAUUGUGAUCAAAAUAGUGAGAAAAAAACAUUUUUGUAUUGGUAUUUUUGAUAGUGUAAUGUAUUUUGUGUUAAUUCUUUUUUA